AUGACUUCUAGACCAGAGAUGGUAGAAGAGGAACCAGUGGCAUCUAAGACUCAUGAUCAUCAACUGGAAUCAGAUCCCAACCCUGUGGACGUGUGUAAUAAAUCGUCCGCCUCCCUGGAGAUGACUGAACGUGUUUCAAAGGAACAAAUUCACCGUGGCUAUGGCCCCCAAAAACGGGACAGUGGUGAUCUCAGCCACCAGGAAGGACUUGAAUCCAGGUCCCUUCAUUUGUCCCCACAAGAGCAGUCUGCCUGUCAUCAAGACAGGAGGCAGUCCUGGCGGCGAGCAAGUAUGAAAGAAACGAACCGGCGGAAGUCACUGCCUCCCUUUCAUCAGGGCAUCACAGAGCUCUGCAGAUCCAUCAGUGUCGACCUAACAGAAAGCAAACGGCUGAGCUCUCUCCUCCUUUCCAGUUUCCAGUUCUCUGUUCAGAAACUUGAACCUUUCCUAAAGGGAACUGAGGGCUUCAGUCUUGAAAGUUUUAGAGCCAAAGCAUCUUCCCUUUCUGAAGAAUUGAAACAUUUUGCAGACAGACUGGAAAGUAAUGGAACACUACAAAAAUGUUUUGAAGAUUCAGAAGGAAAAGUAUCAGAUUUGGCUCUGGAAACAUCAGUUGCUGAGAUGAAGGAAUAUAUAACAAAGUUUUCUUUAGAACGUCAGAAUUGGGAUCAGCUCUUGCUGCGCUACCAGGAAGAGGCUGAAGAGAUCUUAUCAAGAGGAUCAGCUGAAACCAAAAAUACUGAAGUUGAAGUGGAACCUAGAAUGUAUGUUGGGUCUUCCCAGAGUGAAGUCCUUAAUACAAAACCUGACUACCAGAAGAUAUUGCAGAACCAGACUAAACUCUUUGAUUGUAUGGAGUUGGUGAUGGACGAACUGCAAGGAUCCGUGAAGCAGCUGCACGCCUUCAUGGCCGAAAGUACCCAGUGCCUCCAGGAGGUGUCAGUACAGCUCGGGAAGAGAAGCACUCAACAAUUAGAUCCUUCACCAGCUCGAAAACUGCUCAAGCUUCAGUUACAGAAGCAACCUAGCACAUAUUGCUCUAAAUCUUGUCAGUGA